UCAGAGUGGGAAGACGCCUUAUGUUUAGUUCUGGCAUAAAAGCCGACACGCUUGCUCGAACUUUUCUUCAACUCUCAGUUCUCCACUUCCCACUCUUCUCCAGAGUCCUCGCUUGCCUUCCUCGCUUGCCUUCUCCACGUCCUUGCCUAGUUUAUUUCUCAUACUCCGUUUACGACUUCAACAUGUUCGCUAGAAUCGCUGCUCUUGCUACCUUCGCUAUCCCUCUCGUAUCUGCACUGACGCUCAACGCACCAACGAGUGCUUCGAUCGGUGACCUUGUCACUUUCACUUGGGAUGCGAGCCACUUCCGACCCCAGUUCAUUCGAUCUUUACAUGGUGAACACCAUCUUCCACAACACGUUUGCCAUCUCAAGCAACGUGCAAACUUCGGCGGGUAGCAUGACUAUUGUACUGCCCCAGGCCCCCCUUGGCUCCGGUUACACCCUCGAGGCCACCAGCAUCAGCAACAUCAACACCGUCCUAGCAACAAGUGGUGGCUUUACUGUUUCCGCAACGACGACUACCUCAACGUCGUCCACGUCCACAUCCUCGGGCACGAGCACGGGCACCUCGAGCGGGGCGACAGCUACGUCUCCUACAGGCACCGCCUCUGGUACCACCACUAGCUCCUCCGCAUCCACUACAGCUUCGGCCAUCAGUGGUGCUGGGUCGCUCAAGAUCGGCAUGGGCCCCGCUGCCGUCGUUCUACUCUCUGCAGCAGCUGGCGCAGCUGUCAUGUUCUAAUCUCGCCUCCUUAAACCAAAAAAAAUCGUCUUAGCAUGCAUGAGGGUGACAUUUUAUUUCAUUUUCGGCUUUGGGAUUUUACAUGUUUUACAUACCCUGGCUUUAGUUUUUGGUAAUUGAGAACGCUACGUUAUUUUGUAGUUGCAGUUGCA